GUUUGUGCUACGUGUUUUGCAUCAGCCGAGCCACCGUAGUACAGGAAGCGCAAGUGCUACCAAGGGCAUGACAGGAAAAUGGCCCCUAAACCUUUUCAGUCAACGGCCAAGAGACUGUUCAAGGGACUCGUAAUACUCGAAGUGGUUGGUGUAAUUGGUGCAUAUGGUCUGUUUCACAAGAUGAACACAAGUCAAGAUUUCAGGAACAGCAUGAAUAGGACGUUACCCUCCGUUUUGGAAGUUUACUACAAGUCCAACGAAACGGCCGGGAUCUAUGGGAUCCGGGAGAGCGACACUGCAGCAUGGUCCACCAAGGAGUAGCGAGCGUCUUCACGUCUCGGCCCCGGACCCAGUCGUCCCUCUUGGCCUCCCACUUGAGCUGCUUGACCCCUGUGGGAGUCGAGGAAGGAGGGACGUUAGAGGCUCUGCUCAAGCAUCCAUAAACCACCCGGAUAUAUGAACAAGGCGCCGACUCUUAGUUGAAUUUCAUUAUAUGUGAGAAUAAUGUCAAAUAUAUUGAGCUUUAUGUGAGUUUUUGUUCACUUGUUCAUUCCUGAAAGAUAUCAAUGAUCUACUUUGUAAUAAAACAGUGGAGUCUGAUGGGCACUGUUGUCCAACCUGA